AAAAAACAUCAAUACUAUAAAAUUAUAUGAAAUAAUAUAUUAGCAUAUGAAUAUUUCAGAAGAUCUACCAUCUGGAAUACUUUAUAUUAAUAAUGCACUUGCUUCUCGAGGCUUAUUACCAGAUGAAAAUCAGCGAAUUUUACAUUUUAAUUCUUCAGAUUCACAUGAGGUAAUCAAAAUAAUUUAUAGUCUCUUAAAUAAAGGAGAUAAAGAUAUAGCUAUACAUGAAGAUUCUCUUAAAAAAUUAAAAGAAAUUCAAGCUCAAAAUGAAAAAUACUCUUAUCAAUUGAAUAACACAAAAUCAAAGCUAGAAGAAGCAGAAAGAGAAAUAAAUUCAUUAAAAAAGAAACUCAAUUAUUUAAAUAAAGAACUUUCUGCAGCACUAAUCGAGAAAAAGUCAACAAAAGACUAUAUAUCCAAAAUAAAGAGUUCUAUUGUAUAUAUGAAAUCGCAAUACGCAAACGAUCUUCGAAAAAGAGAUCAGCAAUUACUAAGGUUAAAAGAAUAUCUUCUAGGUUCUGAAUUAUCAAAAAGAAAUAAAAACUUAUCAACGAUGCAAAUACAAAAAAAUCCAACACUACAUAAAGGCCCAAUAUGUACACCAUCUUUAGUUAUAGAAGAUACAACUGUGACAGAAAAAUUAUCUGAAGAAGCAUUUUCUAAUCUUCUUCUUUUCUCUCAAAAAGUCUCAAACGUUAAUAUACAACUCAAUAAUAUUAUUUUUCAGGUAUUAUCUGAUCUUGAUUAUCUUAUUGGAACAAAAGAAGAAUCAGAACCAUUAUUUUCAUCUUCUAGUUCCCCUACAAUUUUAGAAGCUCAACUACAAAUCAGACUUAAAUUAUUAUCUGAUAUUGUAUUCCGAUCAAAUAAUGCUCCUCUAGUGAAAACAGAAGCAAAAGAUCAAGAAAUAUAUUUUCUAAAACAAGAAAUACAAAAACUUAACAGUAACUGGGAAGAAACAAAAGAGUUUUUAGGAAAUUUCCAAAAAUCUUUAUUUGGAAAUAAAGAUAAUUAUGUUAAAGAAUGGGAAGAUCAAAUAGACAAAAAUAUUUCCAAUGAAAACAUUUCUCCUAUAUUACAGGAACAGGAAAGAGGAUUAAUAAAUAACUAUAAACUAUUAUCACUAGAAGAAGACAAAAUGGAACCUUUCUUUAAUAAUUCAAAAAAUGCUAUUAAUACCAAUAUCUUAUCUUUUCAAAGGGAAAACGCCUUACAGCAAGAACUUGAGGAAGUUCUUGGCCUACUUCCAAAAACACCUAUGCAGAAAUAAAUAAUUUACAAAUAUAAAGCAAAAAAUAGAAUUUUAGUAUAUAU